AAGUGGCUGUAGACCUAGAGACCUGGGGAAAUGUCACUGUCGUAAAAGGCUCAGAGGUGGACUUAGCGAGUGCAGGUCAGGAAGCCACGCUGAUGGAAGAGGUCACGUUGAGUCAUUUGCCUCCAGACACAUUGGUGGAGAGUGGAAAAAACAGCACCUCUCAAGUUUGGUUCUCUAGGUUUGCACUGGAAAUACCGAGGGAAUAGCGUGCUUCUUCCCCACUGACGGCUCAAACUGCUGCCAGAGAGGAAUGGGACAGAGAAGACGUGCAUGGGGAAAAACCAACUGAGACGUAUGAGGAGGAACCCACUAGUCCAGGGGAAGAUAAAGGGACAACUGUAGGACAAGAGCCAUUUCAGUGGCUCUCCGAAAGCGACCAGGACUUAGCUGAAAGUAGACAAAAGGGUCAGGAGAAUGAAUGCAGACAACGUAUGGGGUCAGAUGAAGAGAGCAGCUCUCUGAGUGCAUUACGCAUACUGACCAAAAGCGGCUUUGAUUUGGAGAAACCUGGUGAGAUGCUUUCUGGCAGCAAUGCUGCUGCCGUGCUGCCGCUGGGGUGGCCUGAAGAUGCAGUGGAGCCUUCGCUGACUGCAAGGGAUCACGGCUCUAAUAGUAAAGUGGUAAUGUUGGCUACAGUGCCGCCGGCCUGCGGGCUCCCAGCUAGCACACAAGAGGAGGCAGAGGAAAGCAAUGUGCAACUACGUCCUGACUCUCCUGAGACACAAGAAGUCUCCUCUCCAUGGACUGAGCCCCAGGAGAUUGAGACGGAGAGCUACGGGGCAUCUGGUUUGGAGCUGCACGUGGGGACGCCACCUCCUAAACCUCCAAGGCGGUUCGCGUCCUUGGAUUUUAGCAAGGAAGAUGACCAGGCCCAUUCAGACCUGCAGAGGAGCCAGCGAGGGGUCAGAGGUGACAGUGAAAAUGGGGAAAGCCCAGUGGGGGAAAUGCAUCAGCAAAACAUUGCAAGCAGAGAGAACAUGGCCCUGGCAGCACCCAGCCCCCCUGCACUGAGACCAGCAGUAAUUGAAGCCAAAGCCAGGAGCAUCCCUUUAAUGGCUGAGGAUGCUAAAUCUGCCACCGAGGACCGGGCAGCUAAUUUGGAGGCGAAAAAUAAUGAGUUGACGAAGUGGGACGCCUCUUCUGGGGAAAGCCUGUUAGAGAUAAAUGAGGAGGCGACGGCCGAGCAGUUCGAGACUUGCCCUUCGAAACUCUCCCUAGACGAAUUAGGUGCCAAAGACGACUCAGACAAAUUGGGAGCCGCAAAUCCUGACUUCCCUGCCCAUCUAAUUGGGGCUGCCCCGUCACAACAGAUCACCCAGCUACGCUCCACCGGGCAGGCGGACGGCGCUGGGGGGGGCUCGUCACAAGUGGCACCUGCAGUCCCAGAACUGAAAGAAAUCCCCCCUGCAAAACCACGCGCUCCAGGGGACCCUGACAUCUGCCAGCCUGUGCUGUUUUGGACGGCUCUGGAGGAGCAGCCCUCGGCCAGCCACAGCCAGGCUGACCAGCCGGAAAGGUUAGGUCUUAGCAAGUCUCCACCUGAGCUAGCAUCUAAAUCGGCACAGGGAGAUAGUGAGGAGCCUCCUGGGCAUGAGGAAGGCCCAGGCCAAAGCCAGAAGAAUAAAGCAGAAGCCCAGGUGUCCCGAAGCGUGGAAGGGUUGGCAGGCUCUCUGUGGGAGCCGGAGCAGGGUAGCUGUUCAGCUAGGGAGGCCAAGCCAUUGCUGGGUCAGUGGCCUGCCCACUCAGUAGCUCCAGUGAUUGACUUCAAAAAGGCUGACUUCUGGAAGCAAGAGGGAGCAGAGGAGAGCAGUAGGCGGGAUGACACCUGUACUUUGGGCAAUCCCUUCACUCCCCUAGCCAGCCCUCCUGCCCCAACCAACCCCUUUGUGGGAAAGCCACCCAGCACCUUCCCAGCUCCAACCAUGUCCCCCGAAAUGCCUGGCCAGGGAGCUCUCCACUUCAAAGACCCUCACAAGGAGGCUGCUCCUCCAGGCUUCCAGCCCGCUAACUUCCCCGUGGACCGGCUAGCCGAGCAUCCUUUCCUGCAUGGCAAGCAACCCUUGGCCUUCUCCACACCUUCCCUUGUGGCUGCAACUAACUCUGAACAGUUUGAUUUCCCUUCCCCGAUCGUGCGUGCUACAACUGGUGGGGUCCCCGCAGUGACCAGCCAGGCAGCAGCCCAGCCCUACCCCUUGCCGCAGCCCGGUGGCCCGAAAGCCUCAACGCUCGUGGUUUUGCCCAAGGAGACACAGCCAGCUGAGAAGGCCUUUUUCCAGCCGACAACCAGUCCUCAUCCAGUGAAGCCCAUAAGUGCUGCGGUGUCAGAGGCCUCCAUUGAGAAAAAGCAGCACAGGUCCAGCUUGACCUCUGCCCUGAGCAGUGGCCUGGAGAAGCUGAAGACCGUCACAACGGGCAGCAUCCAGCCAGUGGCCCCGUCCACGCAACUAGAGAAGGCGGAGCACAAGAAAUUAAAGGAUCCUGCUCUGCCAGACCAGUCUGCCAAGUAUUAUCACCUGACCCAUGACGAACUCAUCCAGCUGCUGCUGCAGAGGGAGAAAGAACUGAGCAAGAAGGAGGAGCACAUCCAGGAGCUGGAAAACUACAUUGACCGGCUGCUGGUGCGCAUUAUGGAACAGUCUCCCACCCUCCUUCAGAUCCCCCUAGAGGAAACCAAGACCAGCAAGUAGCCUCGCUCCUCGGAGAUCUCGUCAGCAUCACUUGCCUACAGCACUUCUGGAAUAAACACGCUACACCCCCCCCCCCCC